AUGUCGGGACAACCACAGGGUGGUCAAUACGACGAUGGCUACGGCCAAACCAACGACGGAUAUUACCACGAUGACCAACAAGGUUAUUAUGAUCAAGGAAACAACGGCGGCUAUCAAGACCAGCAACACGGCGAUGCCUAUUAUGACGAGUCAGCCUACUACGAUAACAAUAACAACAAUGGGCAGUACCAGCAAGAUGGCUACUACGACAAUAACAACCAGGGCUACCAGGAUGAGUACUAUAACGAUCAAUACUAUGAUCAAGGUGGCCGAGGCCAACAGCAAUACUCCCAAGGCGGCUAUGCUGCAAAACCCAAGCGAAGGGGUCAUGAUUCGGAGGAAGACUCUGAGACGUUCAGUGACUUCACUAUGCGUUCUGACAUGGCUCGCGCUGCGGACAUGGAUUACUACGGAGGGCGCGGUGAUGAGCGCUAUAAUAGUUACGGUGAAGGACAAGGCCGUGGGUAUCGCCCACCAUCUUCUCAAAUCUCCUACGGUGGCAACCGCUCCUCCGGUGCAUCUACACCAAUCUAUGGCAUGGAGUAUGGUAAUGCCCUGCCAGCUGGUCAACGAUCACGCGAGCCUUAUCCGGCCUGGACGUCUGAUGCACAAAUUCCAUUGACGAAAGAGGAGCUUGAAGACAUCUUCAUGGACUUGACCGCAAAGUUUGGUUUCCAGCGUGACAGCAUGCGUAACAUGUACGAUCAUCUCAUGACCCUUCUGGACUCCCGCGCCUCUCGCAUGACCCCAAACCAAGCCCUUCUCUCACUUCAUGCCGACUACAUUGGAGGUGAAAAUGCCAAUUACCGACGAUGGUAUUUUGCAGCCCACCUGGAUUUGGACGAUGCCGUGGGUUUUGCCAACAUGAAACUCGGAAAGGCAGACAGAAAAACACGCAAGGCCCGUGCAAAAGCCAAGAAGGCGGCGCAGAAUGGCGAAGCCAAUGAAGAGCAAAUUCUGGAAGCAUUCGAAGGCGACAAUAGUCUUGAAGCAGCCGAGUACCGCUGGAAGAGCCGUAUGAACCGCAUGUCACAACAUGAUCGUGCUCGGCAAAUUGCUCUUUAUCUUCUCUGCUGGGGUGAAGCAAAUCAGGUUCGGUUUAUGCCAGAAUGCCUCUGCUUCAUUUUCAAGUGCGCCGACGAUUAUCUCCAAUCACCAGCUUGUCAAAACAGGACACAGCCAGUGGAGGAGUUUGAGUACUUGAACAACGUCAUCACACCUCUUUAUCAAUACUGUCGAGACCAAGGCUAUGAGAUUGCUGACGGCAAAUAUGUUCGUCGAGAGCGCGACCACUCUCACAUUAUUGGUUACGAUGACUGCAACCAGUUGUUCUGGUACCCAGAAGGCAUUGAGCGCAUCGUGUUGGAAGAUAAAUCGCGGAUCGUCGAUCUGAAGCCUGAAGAGCGAUAUGAGAAACUAAAAGAUAUCAACUGGAAAAAGGCAUUUUUCAAGACAUACAAAGAGAACCGGUCCUGGUUUCACAUGUUGGUGAAUUUCAACCGUAUCUGGGUGAUUCACGUCACUGCCUUCUGGUUCUAUACGGCCUUCAAUUCUCCCACUCUCUACACGAAAAAUUACGAACAGCAGAAGAACAACCCACCGAAAGCAGCGGCGCAAUGGUCUGCAGUCGGUCUCGGCGGUGGCAUUGCUUCUCUCAUCAUGAUCCUCGCGACUGUCACCGAAUGGGCUUAUGUACCCCGCAGAUGGGCUGGGGCACAACACUUGACAAAGCGACUAUUCUUCCUGAUUGGCAUCUUCGCUCUGAACAUCGCUCCAAGCGUGUACAUUCUUUUCAUGGAUAAGCAAGACGGCAAAAUACCAUUGAUCCUAGGGGUGGUCCAGUUCCUGAUUGCUCUGGCGUCGUUCCUUUUCUUCUCGGUCAUGCCCUUGGGCGGUCUAUUCGGUAGUUACCUGACCAGGAAUUCUCGCCAGUAUGUUGCCAGCCAAACUUUCACCGCAAGCUACCCUCGACUCCGCGGAAACGACAUGUGGAUGUCUUAUGGACUCUGGGUCUCUGUCUUCGCCGCCAAGAUGGCCGAAUCUUACUUCUUUCUGACUUUGUCGAUUCGUGACCCCAUCAGAAUUCUCUCAAUUAUGAAGAUUCGCAACUGUGUCGGUGACAAGAUUAUCGGCACCAUCCUCUGCCGGUACCAGCCGCAAAUCCUGCUUGGUCUGAUGAUCUUCACGGACUUGAUUUUGUUCUUCUUGGACACGUACCUUUGGUACAUCAUACUGAACAUGCUGUUCUCGGUUGCUCGAUCUUUUUACCUGGGUGUCUCGAUCUGGACUCCCUGGAGGAACGUCUUCUCGAGACUCCCAAAACGCAUUUACUCGAAGAUUCUUGCUACUACUGAUAUGGAGAUCAAGUACAAGCCCAAAGUCCUCAUAUCGCAGGUCUGGAAUGCCAUCGUGAUUUCAAUGUAUCGAGAGCACUUGCUUGCCAUUGAUCACGUUCAGAAAUUGCUCUACCAUCAAGUCCCAUCGGAACAAGAGGGCAAGAGGACACUUCGCGCUCCUACCUUUUUCGUCUCUCAAGAAGAUCAUUCCUUCAAGACUGAGUUCUUCCCGGCACAGAGCGAGGCGGAACGACGAAUCUCCUUUUUCGCACAAUCACUCUCAACACCAAUACCCGAGCCUCUGCCGGUCGACAAUAUGCCAACUUUCACCGUCAUGAUUCCUCACUACGGUGAGAAGAUUCUGUUCUCCCUCAGAGAAAUCAUUCGAGAGGACGAGCCAUACUCGAGAGUCACUAUGCUUGAGUACCUCAAGCAACUCCAUCCUCACGAGUGGGACUGUUUUGUCAAGGACACCAAAAUCCUGGCAGAUGAGACGUCACAAUUCAAUGGGGAUUACGAGAAGAGCGAAAAAGACACGCAAAAGAGCAAGAUUGACGAUCUACCUUUCUACUGUAUUGGCUUCAAAUCUGCCGCUCCAGAGUACACUCUUCGCACCCGCAUUUGGGCGUCGCUUCGUGCACAGACUCUUUACCGCACUAUCUCUGGCUUCAUGAACUAUAGUCGCGCCAUAAAACUUCUAUACCGUGUCGAAAACCCCGAGGUUGUCCAAAUGUUCGGGGGAAAUUCCGAUAAACUCGAACGCGAAUUAGAACGAAUGGCUCGUCGCAAGUACAAAAUUGUCGUCUCUAUGCAGCGUUACGCAAAGUUCAACAAGGAGGAACGUGAAAACACAGAAUUUCUACUCCGCGCGUAUCCUGACCUCCAGAUUGCUUAUCUUGAUGAAGAACCGCCUGUCAACGAAGGCGAGGAACCUCGCCUAUACUCCGCUCUGAUAGACGGCCACUCCGAGAUCAUGGAGAAUGGUAUGCGCCGUCCCAAAUUUCGAGUCAUGCUUUCCGGUAACCCUAUCUUGGGUGACGGAAAGUCUGACAACCAGAACCACUGCAUUAUAUUCUACCGUGGCGAAUACAUUCAACUCAUCGAUGCUAAUCAAGACAAUUACUUGGAGGAGUGUCUCAAGAUUCGCAGCGUUCUGGCCGAAUUCGAGGAAAUGACGAACGACAAUGUCUCACCGUACACACCCGGUCUACCUUCGAACAACUUCAAUCCUGUUGCCAUUCUGGGUGCUCGCGAGUACAUUUUCUCUGAGAACAUUGGUAUCCUUGGUGAUGUUGCUGCUGGUAAGGAACAGACAUUUGGUACUAUGUUCGCGCGUACCCUGGCUCAAAUCGGUGGUAAACUCCAUUAUGGUCAUCCUGACUUCCUCAAUGGUAUCUUCAUGACUACUCGAGGUGGAGUUUCCAAGGCACAGAAGGGGCUGCAUCUCAAUGAAGACAUCUACGCUGGAAUGAACGCACUUCUACGCGGUGGUCGGAUAAAGCACUGCGAAUACUAUCAGUGUGGUAAAGGCCGUGAUCUUGGAUUUGGUUCCAUUCUCAACUUCACUACAAAGAUUGGCACUGGCAUGGGAGAGCAAAUGUUGUCGCGAGAAUACUAUUAUCUCGGCACACAGUUACCUCUGGAUCGAUUCUUGUCCUUCUACUACGCUCAUCCUGGUUUCCACAUCAACAACUUGUUCAUUAUUCUGUCGGUUCAGAUGUUUAUGUUCUGUCUGGUCAACCUGGGGGCACUCCGACACGAGACCAUCACCUGCAGUUACAACAAGGACCUGCCAAUUACCGAUCCAGAAUAUCCCACAGGUUGUGCAAACCUUGUUCCAAUUCUCAACUGGAUCCAGAUUUGCAUCAUCUCCAUCUUCAUUGUCUUCUUCAUCUCCUUCGUACCGCUCGUUGUUCAAGAGUUGACCGAACGAGGUGUCUGGCGCGCGGCGACUCGUCUUGCCAAGCACUUCUCAUCCUUGUCGCCACUCUUUGAGGUGUUCGUGUGUCAGAUCUACGCCAACGCUUUGCAUCAAGAUUUGUCCUUCGGAGGUGCCCGGUAUAUCGGAACAGGUCGUGGCUUUGCCACUGCUAGAAUCCCAUUUGGAAUCCUGUAUUCCCGAUUCGCCGGUCCAUCUAUCUACAUGGGUGCACGAUCGCUUAUGAUGUUGCUCUUCGGUACUGUCACCGUCUGGGUGCCGUGGUUGUUGUGGUUCUGGGUGACUUGUAUCGCUCUCACUAUCUCGCCGUUUUUGUUCAAUCCUCACCAGUUCGCAUGGGGCGAUUUCUUCAUCGACUACCGCGAAUACCUCCGAUGGCUUUCCCGCGGCAACACGCGUUCGCACGCUGCUUCGUGGAUUGGUUUCUGUAGGUUGUCCCGUACACGUAUCACUGGUUACAAACGUAAAGUUCUCGGUGACCCUAGCUCUAAACUUUCCGGCGACGUACCCAGGGCACACAUAACCAACAUCCUCUUCAGUGAAAUCAUUGGGCCCCUCGUUCUGGUGGCAGUCACAUUAAUUCCCUAUGUCUUCAUCAACUCCCAGGUGGGUGUGAUCGACGAGAAUGAGGGGAAUGGUAAAAAGAAGAUCGAGCAGACCAAUGCACUCGUACGACUUGGUCUUGUCGCUUUUGGUCCAGUCGCCGUCAAUGCUGGAGUUCUUGCAGGUCUCUUUGGUAUGGCUUGCUGCAUGGGCCCCAUUCUUACAAUGUGCUGCAAGAAGUUCCCUGCUGUUCUCGCUGGAAUCGGCCACGGUGUAGCUGUUUUCGGUCUUCUCGCCUUCUUCGAAGUUAUGUUCUUCCUUGAGAGCUUUAACUUUGCCCGUACCCUUCUGGGUAUGAUUGCUGUUACUGCCAUCCAGCGGUGGUUCUACAAGCUUAUCAUUUCGCUUGCUCUGACCCGAGAAUUCAAGGCCGAUAGCGCUAAUAUUGCGUUCUGGUCUGGCAAAUGGUACGCCAUGGGUUGGCACACCAUCUCCCAGCCUGGUCGCGAAUUCCUUUGCAAGAUCACCGAACUGGGAAUGUUUGCAGCGGACUUUGUCCUCGGUCACGUUCUACUGUUCAUGUUGACGCCUGCACUCCUGCUGCCGUACAUCGACAAGCUUCAUUCCAUAAUGCUCUUCUGGCUCAGACCAAGCCGUCAAAUUCGCCCACCAAUUUACUCGCUGAAACAGACCAAAUUGCGUAAGAGACGUAUCGUUCGAUACGCCAUCCUGUAUUUCGUCAUGUUCUUCUUGCUCAUUGCACUGGUCGUGGGCCCUGCAGUUAUUGGAAAACUCGAACUAUUCGAUCCGGCAACCCUGGACCUUCCUCUCCAACUUGUACAACCUGUUAACCUCAACAAUAACGACACUCUGGGAACCUCACAGACUGGUACUGCUAUUGCCGGUGGCGCGGAUCCCACUGGCAGUGACUCAAGACUACGGAUGGUUCGGCUAGCAUUUUAG